UUCUGUUUGCACUCUUACUGGUUCGGCAUCGCAUUUCUUAGGUGCUCCAAACGCUACGAAUAAGGCAUCCUCCUAGCUUUUCAUAAGGGUGAAACCUAGGGUUUUGCUUUCUCUUCAUUGAAACUCUAGUUUUUGGGGCACUACUUUUGAUCUUUAUGUUAUGGGAAACUGUAAAUUUGUGCUCGUUAGGGCCGUGCCUUACUUUUCAGCUUCAUGUUACUGAGAUGCCCUAAAUUUCGUUCUUGUGUGUGGAAAUUCUAGAUAUCCAAGAGGUUGGUUGUCAUGGAUUCUGGUUUGGUAUCAUACUCUCCGGAUCCUGUUGAACCCAAGCCAUCGUUUCGCAAACCUUCGAAUGAUGCUUUCCAAAGGAAGUAUCGGAAGCGCUCACCUACAUCUGGUUCAGCUUCACCUCUAUCAAGUGGCAGUCCUCAGCACAGCCACAGUUACAGUCCAAAUAUAUCAAUGGAAGAGGCUGGAAAAGUAACUAAUGAUCAGAGGACAAGGAUGGAUGAAGAAAGAGAGGUGGAGAGGGAUUCAAGCCAUCAUCGAUCUGGCAAAGGUAGUGAUUCAUAUGGCAAAGGUAGUGAUGUAUAUGGAGAUAAUGAUAGGCAUUCUCGUGGGAUUACCCAAGGCUAUCGCAGGCAUGAUGAUUCCAGUAAACACCAGUCACAGCACAGACGUGAGGUUGAAGAAAGAAGUUCGCAAAGGUAUUCCUCUCGAAUCACUCGAGACUUAGAAGGUAGCAGCCAUGCUGAAUAUGAGAAACGUGACAGGGAUUCCGAUAACUUCAGAGACAAUAGAAGAAAUCCUGAUAAACCUCCUCGUGAUAGAAAAAUAGAUGAUGAAGGUCGAAGAAAGGAAAGAGAUUCUGCAACACAAGGGCGUUAUAGGGAUAUAGACAAGCCAGCAAACACAAACAUGGAGAGAGAGAAAAUGGGGGAAAGAGAGCGAUAUAGGGAUAGGGGGGAAGGUCGAGAUGAUUACAGAGAUUAUCGCAAGAGUUUGGGGGAUACCAGGAGAGAUAGAGUAUCCUCCUAUGAAGGGUCUAGGGGAUAUGCGAGAGAUUCAGCUUCUGGCCGGGACAGUGGUAGCAGACACUCAAGAGAAAUUCAUAGGAGCAGUAAUAGAGAAUCUGAAAGACACAUAGAAGACAAGGUUCAAAGAAGAAGGGGGGAUGAUGAAAGCGAUCGGUAUAAGAAUAAAGACUCAUACAAUAGAGAAUCAGAUGACCAUAGUCGAGGCUAUUCUAGAAGUUCUUCUGAUUAUAGAGACAGAAGUUUCAGAAAUGGGAGAAGUGAAGAUAAAAAUGUGCAUGCCGUUGAUGAUGAAGCCUCUGUUGGGAAGAAGUGCAAGUUGUUUGAUGCUGACAAGUCUUCAGGGGAUGCAACCGACAGGCAUCUGCCUUCAAAAUCCUCCACAUGUGUUGCUGAUGACAAGUCAUCUUUGAGUUUGAAGCAAUUACAAGAACCUGUUCCUAAAGAGACUCUUGAACCUGUUCAAUCUUCUGCAAAUGAGGCCAAAAUUGCACAGGAUCUGAAUGCUGCAAAGGUGGCUGCGAUGAAAGCUGCUGGGAUAGUUAAUAGGAACCUAGUAGGUGGUAGUUAUCUGUCCACUGAUGAAAAGAAGAAGCUUCUGUGGGGGAACAAAAAGACCUCUGCUGCAGAGGAGUCUGGCACCCGUUGGGAUACUGCAAUGUUCUCAGACCGGGAGAGACAAGAGAAGUUCAAUAAACUCAUGAGUCUGAGUGUGCCUUCGUACAUUGUAGGGUGUGAAAGGGGAUGUGAAGCCACCAGCAGAGGGAACGAGGGGGGACGAAGAGAGGCAGCGGGAGGUGCAGCUCGACCUCGAGAAACAAUACACUGCAGGCCUCAGGCGCCGAGAUGGUCGCACUGUAGGCCUUGGCCUGUGAACCCAACUCGAAACUUGUCUCUUCAUUGUGACUAUUAUGUUAUGCUAGCUACACCUGUUGUUACUGUGAAGACUAUAUCAUGUAUUAUCUUGGCUUUCAUGGAUGUAUGUCUCUCUCUUCUUUGGAUGGAUGUCUAUCUCUCUAUCCUCUCGCGUGGAGAUUGUAUUAUAUGCCUGCUGCUCUCUAUCUCGCUCUCUCCAUGGAUGGGUGCCUUCUCUCAUUUUCUCUCUCAUGGAUGAAUGGUUCAUUUUCUU